AGUAGUUACCGUAAUGGUGCGCGAUGCGCAAGGCGGACGUAGCGGUUGUUCGAACACUAGUCAACAGUACAGUUGUCGUUCGUACAUUGCAUCGGUGGAUAGUUUGUUGGUGUGGUUAAUUUACGUAGUACGUAGAGCUGUGGAAACCAAAACGCGUAAUGCCAGUAAUCGACAUUAAAGUAGUGAUAGUUACGUAGAUUGGCUCGUCACGGAAAGAACAACAGAUGAAUAUUUGUGAUCGUACGCUGUAACUGAAUCGAACAAAAUGUGGAGUCCGACGCACGUUCAAGUGACAGUUCAAAGAGCGAAAAAUUUGUUAACUAAAGGAAAACAUAAGUCCAACGAUUGUUUCGUGACGAUCGCGCUCGGGAAAGAAAAAUAUCAAACGUCUGUGAAGGAGAAAGCCUCGAAGGAUGUGGAAUGGCACGAAGAAUGCGAGUUACUUAUACCUGAGCAAGGAAACACUGCGGAAAUUGUCCUUACCGCCCUCCAUCGUAAUUUCUUGGGAGUUGACGAAUUUCUUGGCACUAUAAGCAUACCUCUAUCCAGCUUCGAUGUUUACGAAAGACCGAGGAACAGAUGGUAUACACUCGGGAGUAAACCAGGCAAAGAAAAUACAAAAGAGAGAGGUGAACUCGAAGUAAAAAUAGGUUUCAUUGUAAAAGCUGGUAGCUUAACUGAUUUGAGUCAUAAAGAACGUCACAAAAGUUCUCUUGGUCAAUUAUCCACAGCUGCCCAUUCAAUAGGUGGAAGUUUACUCAGUAUAGGCAGUUUUGAAAAACGUAAAGGUUUAAGAAAAUUGGCUAAAUCGAUUGGAAAUCGUGUGAAAGGAAAGAGCAAACAUAAUUUGGAUAAAGGGGAUGAUUUGGACGAAAAGGAAGAACAUAAAUUUCGAACUACGCAGCAAGAACCAGGUGAAGCCGAUCCUGGUGUUAUUAGCGAAGACGAAGAUGAAUUUACGUUCGACGAUUUAUCUCAUAAGAGUUCAGCAUCAUCUCUAAAUGCUCCAGUAGUUGGCAGUAACAGUAACAGAGUAGGUUCGGUGACAUCAAUUACUUCCUCCAAUAAUAAUUUUGAAACACAUCAACUUCCAUCAGUGCCAACGAAUUCGGUACCAAAUAAACCCCCAAGAUUCUCUGUCAGCUCUUCUGCUAUUUCCUUAUCCAAGGUGGAUAAUAUCAAAGAAGAUGAAUGGGGUUUAAAGCUUUAUGGUAAACAAGUUAAUAAUAAUGUUAAAAGAUGGGAAAAUAAACCAAGUCCGAAAAUUAUAAUAGACGAGCCAAAGGUCGAAUCUUGUGAAACAUCUGUAAAUUCGCCUUCUUCAACUUUAAAACGUCAAGAAUCUUUAGAGACUCCGAAUCCUGCACCACGUGAACUUUUACAAACAAAGAACAAAAUAGAAGAUAAAUUAGGAUCGAAUAAAGAGAAGAAUGUGAAAGAAGAAAAAUUUAAAGAGAAGAAAGAAGACAAAUAUGGUUGUUGGAGUCCUAAGGAUGAAAAACAAUUACGAAAAGAUAAGAAAAAGGAAAAAGAGAAUAAAUUCAAGGAAUUUAAUGACGAUAAUAAUUUAUCUUCGGAAAGAAUUAUCAUCGGAGGUGAAGAUGCAAUUAAAACUACAGCAACAAUAAAAAGCCAUUUGCCCCAUGAAGUUCUGACACAGUUCGAAGGAAAAUCAAGAGAGGAUCUCAUCGAAUUAACGUUACAAUUGCAAGCAGAAGUAACAGAAAAGAAAAAACGUCUAACCGAUUUGGAAGAUUAUAUAGAUGCAUUAUUAUUGCGAGUAAUUGAAUGUUCACCACGUUUAUUGCAAAAUCCAUAUCAAUCGCAAAGACGUUUGUCAUCACCUGGUCAUCAGUAAAAUAAUUAAAUGCUUUUUUGUCCUGAUAUUUUUAAUAUUGAUUUUGAGGUUAAUUACGACAUUUGGAGGAAUUAGUGAUAAUUGCACAGUAUAAUCUGUUCCAAUCAUUUUAUACAUGUUUAACUAUAACUACUUUGUAGUUGACGCGCUUUAAUUUAUUUUCAAUUAACAGAUAGAAUUUUUAACUAAUUUUUAUGUAUUUCUAAGUGACGUCGCUUUUAAAAGUGUAUAAAUUCUUGUUGAAUUUUUAAUAUUUCGUUAUUGUUUCAACAAAGAAUGCUAUUAAGAUUAAUAUUUUAACGGGUAAUGAAAAAAUAUGGUGUUUGUGCCAAUUAUUGUAAAAUAAGAAAAAAAAGUUACAAAUGUUCCCCUAGUCUUCCCAAACGUAAUUGUUUAUCCAAAAAAUGUUAUUUCCGUCCAAAGUAUGAUCCAACAAAUAUAAUUACAAUAUCUGUA